AAGGAGAAGGCCACAGCAAUGCCCGACUCCCCUGCCGAGGUGAAGACGCAGCCCCGGUCCACGCCCCCCAGCAUGCCGCCCCCGCCGCCCACUGCGUCCCAGGGAGCCACACGACCCCCCUCCUUCACUCCACACACACAUCGAGAGGACGGGCCUGCGACGUCUCUGCCCCACGGCCGUUUUCAUGGCUGCUUAAAAUGGUCUAUGGUCUGUCUUUUGAUGAACGGCAGCAGCCACUCACCCACGGCCACCAGUGGUGCCCCGUCCACACCCAGCGGCCUCAGUAGCAGCCCGGCCUCCCCACCCACGGCUGCCCUGUGCACACAGCACCCGCCCCCUGCCUGCGGGGCGCGGCAGCUCAGCAAACUGAAGCGCUUUCUCACCGCCCUGCGGCAGUUUGGUGGCGACAUCUCCCCAGAGACCGGGGAGCGCGUGCGCACACUGGUGCUAGGGCUGGUGAACUCGACGCUGACCAUCGAAGAGUUCCAUUCCAAGCUCCAGGAGGCCACCAACUUCCCGCUGCGACCCUUCGUCAUCCCCUUCCUGAAGGCCAACCUCCCCUUGCUGCAGCGGGAACUCCUGCACUGUGCCCGCCUGGCCAAGCAGACCCCUGCCCAGUACCUGGCCCAGCACGAGCAGCUGCUGCUGGAUGCCAACGCCUCUUCCCCCGUCGACUCCUCAGAACUCCUGCUGGAAGUCAAUGAGAACGGCAAGAGGAGGACACCUGACAGGACCAAAGAGAACGGGUCAGACCGUGAUCCGCUGCACUCCGACCACCUCAGCAAACGGCCAUGCACCCUGAGCCCUGGCCAGCGCUACAGUCCCAGCAACGGGCUGCCCCGCCCCACGCCACCCCCUCCCCCGCACUACCGCCUUGAGGACAUGGCCAUGGCACACCACUUCCGUGACUCCUACCGCCACCCCGACCCCCGGGAGCUGCGGGAGCGCCAUCGGCAACUUGCAGUGCCCGGGUCACGGCAGGAAGAGGUGAUUGACCACAGGCUCACGGAGCGCGAGUGGGCCGAGGAGUGGAAGCAUCUCAACAACCUCCUGAACUGCAUCAUGGAUAUGGUGGAGAAGACGCGGCGGUCACUCACGGUGCUGCGCCGGUGCCAGGAGACCGACCGCGAGGAGCUCAACCACUGGAUACGGCGCUACAGUGACGCCGAGGACAUGAAGAAGGGCCCCACGCCUCCUGCAGCCCGGCCCCUCAGCAGCUCCACUGGCCCCGAGGGGUCUCAGCUAGACGUCCACCAGGACUUCAUGCCUAGGACCCUCUCUGGCUACAUGCCCGAGGACAUCUGGAGGAAGGCAGAAGAGGCAGUGAAUGAGGUGAAACGGCAGGCGAUGUCGGAGCUGCAGAAGGCCGUGUCCGAUGCAGAGCGCAAAGCCCACGAGCUCAUCACCACGGAGCGCGCCAAGAUGGAGCGGGCUCUGGCCGAGGCCAAGCGGCAGGCUUCGGAGGAUGCCCUGACCGUCAUCAACCAGCAGGAGGACUCCAGUGAGAGCUGCUGGAACUGCGGGCGCAAGGCCAGCGAGACCUGCAGUGGCUGCAACGCGGCACGCUACUGUGGGUCCUUCUGCCAGCACAAGGACUGGGAGAAGCACCACCACGUGUGUGGCCAGAGCCUGCAGGGCUCCACUGCCGUGGUGGCUGACCCGGUGCCCGGACAGCCCUGUGCUCCUGCCAGCCUGGGCCCUUCCCCACCCACAGGCGCCGCCAGCCCCAGUGAGGCCGGCUCUGCAGGGCCUUCUCGCCCUGGCUCCCCUGGCCCGCUGGAUGCCGUGCCCCGCUGACCCUUCCCAGACCCUGACACCCAGCCCAUGGACGCCGUGCCCCGCUGACCCCAGGGCUGCCGGAUGCUGCACCCAGCCCCGGGGGGCUAACCAACUGGAGUCACUGCUGCUGCUGCUCUGCAGAAGAAAACACAACCAACAGAAACUGCAUUCAAUGCAACUCCCCCAGCUACCUGAUGAUCCCAUGCGACGACCUCCUGACACCUCUCUGCGCAAGCAUCCUCAGAAACCUCUGACCGAGCUUUAGACAGUGGAGCGCUGCCGGCCAGAGCGUGACUGGCCGCCCACUGUGUCUCCCUCUCUGUUUCUUUCUUGUUUUUCUGUCUUUGACUUUCACACGCUUUCUCUUUAAUGAAAAAAGUCUAACUAGUGGCUUAUAUUUUCAGCUAAGAAUUUUUUGAGAUUUUGUUUUGUUGACAAAAGAACUACUCAGAAAUGGACAAAGAGCACUGUGGGGGUUCUCCCCUUUACCAAUCACAAGGGAAAAGGAAACAGUUGUUUUACAGCCAGAGAUUGGUGCCCUGCUGUGUCCACAAACCACCCCAGGGGUGUUUGGCAGACGCAGCAAAGACGGUAAGAAAGAUUUCAAUUUCUGACUCAAGAAGUAUCUUUGGUUUCAGAUAUUUUUUUUUCCUUUAAUGUCAAACUCUUUGGCUUUAAGUAAAAAUCCAAAAAGUUUUUUUAAGAAAAGCAAACAAAGCGGACCUGCAAACUACCUUGCUAGCUAGCCAGCCAAGGAUACCGGACACACCUCUGCUCCAAAGGAAACCCAAAAAGCAAACACAAGAAGUCAAAAUCCAAAUUUUCUUUGUCACUGCCAAAGUGUUCACCGUUUUACUCCACUGUUGGGUUGGUCUGUAUGCUGGUCUUUUUUAAAAUUUCUGUUCAGAUUUUGUUGGUGGGGUGUGGGAUAUUGGGGUUUGGAGGGUUUUUUGCCCAACAGGAAGUGAACUUUUGUUGCUUUUCAAGGAGUUGGCAGACCCCCACUGGGUCAAGGCGGGUGAGCAGGGAGGCCAAUGCCAUGUGCCUGUGCGUGUCCCCAGCAAGCCGGUGCCACGGCACCAUCUGCGUCUGUCCUCCCGCCCUCUGUGACUUUCCAUAUUUCUUCUUCCACUUGUGAAAAAGAAGUGCUAAAGUGUUCUUCCCAGAGAGAGCAUAAUUCGGAAACACAGCUGUGACAAUCUUUCGGGCUGGUCUCAACUGCUGUCCGAGCACAGGGGCCAGUGGCCGCUUGUGCCCCCUCCUCUCGGCUUUGCUCUCUACCUCUCUUCUCUCCGCUCCCACUGCCCUCCGCCAUUCCCAACCCAGUGUCUUGCUGCGGCUACUCUCCUUUUUUCCAAACCUUUGCAGAAACAAAACAAAACAAACAAACAAAAAAACCCUACAUGCAGAAGCCGCUGGCCCCACCCUGGCCGCAGAAGAUGCUGGAGCCACUGUGCACACACAACGCGUGUCUCUGUCCCCUGGCGCCCUAGGCGCACCACCUGCCCACCCUCCCCUCCGCCCCACUCAUCACCCUCUACCACAUCAAGGAAGAAAUAAGGAGCAAGGAAACUCACACUUGUGCUUAAUGGAAGAGCCGACAGCAGCCGGGGUCCGGGACCCGCGUCUCUGUGCUUUGCUGUGAAAAGUCCCCAGGACACGAGUGCAAUACGGAGUGUCCGUCUACUGAACCCGGGCUCCGGGAGGCCCACGGGGCACCAAGUCCAUAGUGUACGUCAAUGUGAAUGUAUAUAGUCUUUACAGAGGUCCAAAUAAUGAUAUGUGUGAUGAUAAUAAAGAAGAGAUGUUUGCCAAAUAAAAAAAGUUAAGAGAAACGAC